AUAAUACCCACAAAUAAUACCCGUCGCUAUGGUUACGGAGGUAACUAUAUUUUGUAUUUUUAUUUUGUGAUCAAAUACUGGAGAAACUGUUUUAUCCUGCAAGAAUCGUGUGUUAUAUAUAACGAGCAAUAGUAUUUGAUCAAAAUGCAUCGAAAUCAAAGUAGACAUUCUGUUGUGAGUGACAUGGAAAUGGAUGGUUUAGCUGAACAGGAAUUGGAGAAACUCCAAAGACAGUAUCGUGUUAUGGAUGGGGAACGGAGAUCAUAUUGUGAAGAAUCACAAAAUAUCAUCAGAAAGCAGCAAGAUCAAAUUGCUCAGUUGGAUCAAGAAAUGCGUGAGUUACAGAAAGAACUAGACCUGGCAGGAAGUAAACAGAAUUAUCAAAAGGAUAACAAGAACACGGACAGUCUUAUAAAAUUGCUUGAAAAACAAAACACUCUUAAAACACAAUAUGAAGAGGAGAAGAAACUGAUACAAGAUCUUAACAGAGAGAUAAAGCAAAUGGAGCAAACUAAAAGCAGAGAAAGGCAAAGCAUGGGAGGGACAAAUAUGCAACAUCAUGUCCAAGUACAAUUGGGAAAGCAAACCAGAGUGAUGGAAAAUCGUCUUGACAAGAAAACGACGCAGUUUAAUAACUUUCUUGCGAAGAACGCGAAACUGAGAGAUGAAAUUGACCAUGCAAGAAAGGUGCGUACCAUCUUUGAAGGGGAAUACAGAAAGCUAGAAGGAAACCUAGCAGAGUUGAAGAAAGAGAUGGGUGAAGUUAUUGAAACGUCUUCAGCAGCUUACGACGCAAGGGACGAGGCCCAGUCAAAGAUGAUUGCUUUGAAAGAGAAAGCGGACAAAGAUCUGCUUCAGUACAAUAUGGAGCUCAAGGAGUUGAUAAGAAUUAUUGAUCAUGAUCGCAAACUCAAGGAAUUCAUGCGAGUGAAGGGAGAGGAGCGCGCUGAUUUGGCUGAUAGGGAAUUGGGAAUGAAACAGCGCAAAAGAGAGUCCGAAAGAGAUAAAGGGGAUCGUGAGGAGACUGUCGAGUCCUACGAAGAGGCAUUUGAGAAGCUGAAGGAGGCGACGGAGAUUGAAGAUAUUGACCUGUUAGUCAGCAAAUUCAUUGAAGUCGAAGACAAGAAUUUCGCGUUAUUUAAUUACGUGAACGAGUUGAACAACGAUAUUGAGAUAUUGCAGGAACAGAUAAACCUGGUUCAAGGGGAUAUUGACCAGUUUAAAAGUGAAGGAGUAGACGUUGAAGAAGAAAGAAAGGCAAUUUUACGGAAGUUGGAAGAUGAUCUGAACAAAGCAUCUAAGACUGGCGAGGAGUACGACGAUGCUUACAAGGGAACACAUAAAAUUAUUGAGCAACUCAAAGAUGGUGUGGACUCGCUGUUUAAGAAGAUUAAUUGUGAUAAAUCCGCAAUCAGUGAUAUGUUGGGAGGAGUGGCUGGGGUAACUGAAGGAAAUAUGAUGCAGUAUUUGGGCAUUAUCGAACAAAGGACAAAUGAACUACUUCAAACGUACGCCUACAAGAAUGCCAAAGAAACAGAACGUGCUGAACUCGGACCGGUAGGACUUUUAGGCGGUGGUCCGCAGAUUGCUGCAGGCUCGGUAGCUAUCGUACCUCCGACGACCGGCGACGACUAUGAAACCGAAGAAAGUUCGGAGGAAAGCGACGAUGAAUGUCGACCAAUGACGGCGCAAGAAUUGAAGAAUAAGAUCAUGAAAAGUAUUAAUCGUAGAGAAGCUCAGCCGAAAAAGACAAGUCCGCCUCUAUCAGCCCGCUCAGAUGACAAGGCGGCCAGUAAACGCAAGAAGAAAUGAAAAACUUUUCUCAUCACCAUCCAGUUUUUCAAGAAUGGUUGAUAAUGGAUAGAUUCAUAUUUGCCGUUUCUAACACUUGUCUCGGCACCAAGAUUUAGCUCCCUAGACCUCUUCGUGUUUUUCAUUUCAUUAGUUACGGCUUUUGUGGACUUUAUCUUGUUGACGACAAAAAAGGGAAAGAGGGAACUAACUAUUUGAUUGUAUCAAAAUAUUUUGGAUUUACUUGUAAAAGUGUGUAAAUAUAUG